AUGGCAUCCCAAGGCCAGGUCAUUUUCUGGAGCAUGACUACAAUCAUUAUCAUCCUGGCUGUGGUGAUUGCCCUGAUAAUUGGAUUUGGUGUCUCAGGAAAACGCUCCAUCAGUGUGACGGCACUGACGUCUCCAGGGAACAUUGGCCAGCGCGGCAUCCUGGGCUGCACUUUUGAGCCCGACAUCCGUAUGGGCAGCAUAGCCAUCCGGUGGGCCAAGGCAGGAGUAGCCGGGCUGGUUCACGAGUUUAAAGGUGGGAAGGACCACCUGCAAGAGCAAGACGCCUCAUUCCAGGGCCGCACGGCAGUAUUCGCAGACCAGGUGAUCGGUGGCAAUGCUUCCCUGGAGCUGAGGGACGUGCAGCUCUCUGAUGCCGGCACCUACCAGUGCUCUGUCACUACGGCCAGAGGGAGUGGGGCAGCAGUGCUGCGGUACAGGACAGGAGCUUUCAGCACCCCCAAGGUCCACGUGGAGAACAGCAGCAGCGGCGACACAUUGCAGUGCGAGGCACCUCGCUGGUUCCCACCACCCGCUGUGCGCUGGACAGCCUACAGUGAUGCCGGGGAGUACCUACCUCAUGUUGCCAACACCAGCUACGAGCUGAACGCUGAAAACAUCACCGUGAAAGUGGUUUCCUUUCUGCACAACAUUACCACUAACGCCACCUACACCUGCGUGAUUGAAAACAACAUUGCCAAGGCUACAGGCAACAUCAAAGUGACAGGUAGAGUUUAACAUCACCCAGAGACCACAGGCGCAGGGGAGAAGAGGGUUUAAACAGUGUGCCUGCGUGUGUCAGGGGGCUCCAGCAGCACCCGUGUCAGUCAAGGAAAGGACUGA